AUGGACCCGGAGGAACUCUACACCAAACAGAAUUGCAUCGGAGGUGGGAGUUUUGGCAAGGUAUACAAGGGAGUGGACAAGCGAACCGGCCAAGCGGUGGCUAUCAAGGUUAUUGACGUUGAGAAUGCCGAAGACGAGGUCGAGGACAUUAUCCAGGAAAUCUCCAUCCUGUCCGAACUCCAGUCCCCCUACGUGACCAAGUACCAUGGCUCCUACCUGAAGGGUUCCGAUUUGUGGAUUAUCAUGGAGUUCUGUUCGGGCGGCAGUUGUUCAGACCUCAUGAGGCCGGGCCUGAUACACGAAGACUAUAUCUGCAUCAUCAUACGCGAACUGCUCAUGGGCCUCGACUACCUGCACUCUGACAAAAAACUACACCGAGACAUCAAGGCAGCCAACGUUCUGCUGGGUCAGAAUGGUCAAGUCAAGCUCGCCGACUUUGGAGUGUCGGGCCAACUCUCCGCCACCAUGACCAAGAAGAAUACCUUUGUGGGCACGCCUUUCUGGAUGGCUCCGGAAGUCAUCAAGCAAUCUGGGUACGAUCACAAGGCAGAUAUCUGGUCACUCGGCAUUACAGCUAUCGAGCUGGCGCAAGGAGAACCGCCUUAUGCAGACAUCCACCCUAUGAAAGUCCUGUUCCUGAUACCCAAGAACCCCCCACCACAGUUGCAAGGCAAUUUCUCGCGCACGUUCAAAGACUUUGUCGAGCUAUGUUUGCGGCGGGAUCCCAGAGAGCGGCCUUCUGCGAAAGAACUGCUGAAGCAUCCGUUCGUGAAGAGGGCCAAAAAGACGACAUACUUGACCGAGCUGAUUGAGAGAAACGAAAGAUACAUGGCAACCCGCGGUGGCCGAUCGUCCGACGAUGAGGACGAAGAGGAAGAUGUGCGGCCAGCAUUCCAUGAACCAGAAAAUGAAGACCUGUGGGAUUUCGGCACAGUGAGGCCGGUCGGCGGCCGGGGAGCUGGACUUCGACCCAUGAACGACUCUGCUGCUAAUGCGCGAGCUUCAGCAGAACCUGUUGCUAUUGCCAAGAGCAAGAAUGACUGGGACGAAACUGUAAAAGUGCCCUCGUCGCCGCAGAAGUCGCCAGUGAAAGCUGCAUUUCCACCUACGCCAGCGAACAUACCAUUGCCUCCGUCACCAGUCAAGGUGACCACAUCAGCAGCCACCGAAAAGCCUAUCCCGUCGGCAUUACCACUCUCGGUUUCGGCGACACCCAAGACGCCGGCUGUUCCAUUGACAAACAAGGCGCUGCCUGCUCAUCCGCAGAGAGAUAGCCCAGGGUCGAAUGAAUACAACAAAGCAUUCCAGGCCCAGUUAGCAAAGGACAUGGGAUUCCUCAAGCUUGACGUGGGAAGUAGCCCGAAGACACAACCAGCCCAGGCACAAACACCUCCAGGCAAGAAGGCACCAAUGGUAAUUCCCGAAAUUCCACCCUUCAAGGGAAGACCGGGAAGAGGGGAGGCACUUCAGAAAGGCCAACAGACACCGCCAUCUAAGGCUGUCCUAUCGUCGUCGUCGUACACCGGCGAAUCUUCAGCAGGCCCUGCCUCGAUUGCCAACCAACAGCCACUGCCUCCGCUGACGACAAAGACCAACGGUUCGCAACCUUCAGAACCGGCCACACCGACCAGUACAUCCUCGCGGCCAGCGGAGGAGCGGACAGACCAGGAACUUACUGCUUUGAACUCAGUCCUGAUCCCCGCACUCGAGGCGUCAAUGCACCGGCGAACGUAUAUGCUCAAGGAACUUGCACGGACGAGCAAGCUGAGCUCCUCGGCAGCCGCGGAAAUGCACCAACAUCGAGUCCAGGCACACGAAAAGGUCAGAAAGCUUGCUGCAAAGGCGGCAGGUGUAUUCUACGAGAUUCAGAAAUGCGAUGAGGAGUGUCCAGUAGGGAUGGGGGGAGGAGUGACCGAGUUUCUGGAAGGUUUUCUGGAGGAGAUACUUGUGAGGGUGGAGGCCGCCGACGAGCCUGACCCUGCUCCUGGAAGGUCGUAA